AACCCAUACCUCACCUCACCAUCUCAUCCAUAAAUAGCUUGAUAUUCUGACCACUUCCACUCCACCUUCUUCUACGUACCCUUUAUUGUCUCUUCUAUAGUACUACCUGUUAUUGUAAAUUUCCUUUUUUUUUUUAUGUUAAAAACAAAUAAAACACUUUCAAAUGACUCAGAAAAGCAAGAUUUUGAUAAUUGGAGGGACGGGCUAUCUUGGGAAAUUCGUGGUUGAAGCAAGCGUAAAGGCUGGGCAUCCCACCUUUGCCAUGGUGAGAGAGAACACACUACUCUUUGAUCCCAUUAAGGGAAAACUCGUUCAGAAGUUCAAGAACUUAGGUGUCACUUUGCUCCACGGAGAUCUUUACGACCAUGAGAGUUUAGUGAAGGCGAUAAAGCAAGUGGAUGUGGUGAUAUCAGUGGUGGGUAACCUCCAAUUAGUAGAUCAGGUCAGGAUUGUUGAUGCCAUUAAAGAAGCUGGUAAUGUUAAGAGAUUCUUCCCGUCUGAAUUUGGAAACGAUGUGGACCGAGUCCAUGUUGUUGAGCCAGCAAAGACUGCAUUUGGUACUAAGGUCCAAUUUCGACGCACCGUUGAGGCUAACAACAUCCCUUACACUUAUGUUGCGGCCAACUACUUCUUUGGCCAUUUUCUCGCUAACUUGUUACAGCUAGGAGCCACUGUUCCUCCUAGAGAUAAAGUCAUUAUCUUUGGAGAUGGAAAUCCCAAAGCAAUUUUUAACAAGGAAGAUGACAUAGGAACCUAUACCAUUAGAGCUGUGGAUGACCCAAGAACAUUGAACAAGAUACUCUAUCUUAGGCCUCCUGGAAACAUUUACUCAUUCAAUGAGCUUGUUUCCCUUUGGGAGAAGAAGAUUGGCAAAACCCUUGAGAAAAUCUAUGUUCCGGAGGAAAAGAUGUUGAAGGACAUCCAAGAGUCCCCAAUUCUAACCAAUGUGCUAUUGGGAUUCCACCACGGGGUCUUUGUGAAGGGUGAUCACACCAACUUUGAGAUUGAGCCAUCAUUUGGUGUGGAAGCUUCCCAGUUGUACCCAGAUGUCAAAUACACCUCUGUGGAAGAAUAUCUCGACCAAUUUGUUUGAGAAAUUAACCCCAGCUCUUGUUAUUUUUCAAGAUAAAUAAUUAUAGUUGUUAUGGGUUAGUUCAAGUGGAGGAGUCUCUGUACUCAUCAAUAUCUUGUUUUCUUUAAACAUGUAUUGAAGAACCUCUAACUACUCUUAGUGGUGCAUUUUCUCAUUACAAUAUAUGUUUGUAAUCGAAAGCCUUUAAUAUUUCUCGUGGUC